UUUGUUGAGUUUAAAAUGACUAAUGUGUACGAUCGACUCAUCGGUGUUGUUGGACUCGUCUACUCUGGCCUGCCAGGACGUUUAAUCAACCGCGGUGUGACAGGAGAGCACGGACACAUAGAGAGCUGUUCUUUAGCUAAAAUGACUUUGAAUCGGUUAUUAUCUCGAGCUGUUCUCGCCAACAAAGUUGGAUCCAGAUCUGUAUUCACAAGCUCCAAGCCUGACAUUGCCAAUCCCAACUGGUUGCGAGUGGGUCUUGCCUUUGGAUCAUCUGUUUUCCUUUGGAGCCUGCUGUUCAGGCAGCACAGCACAGAUGUGCACGAGUACAAAGUGAGGAAUGGACUGGAAUAACCCUGCACACUGGAGGUCGUCAGGUUCUCACCAAAUGAUGCACCUGUUUCUCCGCUUGUUUCUAUUUUCACUGUUCCUGAUUCCUCAUGAUGAAUUCUGUGUAAAAUAAAUAUAUAUCAUGUGAAAUAUA